GCCUUAUUUUUAUAUUAAAAAUUAAUAAAAUUAAAAAUAUUUAAAAAAGUAAAAUAAAUAUAGAAAAAUGUGUUUAAAUUCAUUAAAACGUAAUUUAAUUUUAACGGUUUUCCUAUUAGUGCAGUUCAUUGCAAAUGGUUCUGCUAUAAAGUGCUUUGUCUGCGAUUCCAGUGAUAAUCCCAGUUGUGCAGAUAUUGAAUCAAACAGCAGCAUUGUGGCAGAGGAAUGUACUCUAGAAAAAAUGAAAUCAAUUGACACGUGGCUUUUUGAACUGAACAAAAUUGCCUAUUUUGAUACGGGAGCCAAUCGUAAUCCACAAAUGAACUGUCAAAAAGUGGUGGCCAAAGAUCCUAAAACUAACAAAAUGGUAACGGCUAGAUUUUGUCAACUAAGUGCAGGUGAAUCAGAUGCCUGUCAAAUAUUACGCUCAAAAUUAAAUCUUCCACCGGCCGGUGAUAAUCGUUUGACACAAAGUAAUUUGAAUAGUAACAAUAACAAUAAUGGACGUCGUAUGGUGCAACAACAAAAUGAUGCAGAAGAAUUUCAUUGUUCCAAUUGUUAUACAGACAAUUGUAAUGGUGCUUCAAUGAUGAGUGCUGGUGGUUUCUGGCUUAUGGCCGUAAUGCUAGUAGUUCCUGUACAAUAUAUGAUUUUUAGGCUGUGGUGAAAGUUUUGAAAUAAUCAAAAAGUUUCAAAAACGAGUGGUUAAGCAUUUUUUAUAUAUUUUUUAUUAUAAUUUCCUAUGUUAAAUGUAUAUAAAUGUUAAAUAAAAAAUAAAACUAAUAUGAAGUUAAGUGUGAGUAUGUGUAAAUAGGCCUUAUUGUAGUGAAUAUUAAAAUCGGAGUAGGAAAAUAUUAAUAAAAGCAAUGUGUUAGCUUGAAGUGAAAUGUUAAGCAAUUAAAUUUUUGGUUAUAAUGGAUUAACAAAUUAAAUAUUUAUGCAAAUUUUAUUAGAAUAUUAAAUUUUAUAAAUAAAAAACAAAAAUAAUAAAAAAUUUAAAAAUAUAAUUAAAAAAUAUUCGGCCAUGACGAAUUUUUUAAAAACUGCAACCAAGGACUUGUAAAAUUCGUUGGUUUAAUGAAUUUAAGAUAUUAACCAUUAAAAGGUAUUUUUAGUGAAAAUUAACUAAAACAGUUAAAUUUUAUUUAAAAAUUUUAUUAUUAAUAAAAAAAUAAA